CUUCACCUACGCUCUUCAACCUAUAUGUGAACGAGUUGCUCGGCGAGCUCAGCAGCACCAGGACCGGCUGUUACAUAGAUGGGGUUUGUUUGAAUAACAUUAGCUACGCUGAUGACAUGGUGCUGGUGAGUGCGUCGGUUUGUGGCCUGAGAAAACUGUUGGCGAUUUGUGAAGCUUUUGUGGAAAAACACGGUCUUACUUAUAAUGUAAAGAAAAGUGUGGUAAUGGUCUUUGAGGCCAUGGGCAAAACACAGAAGAAAGUUCCACCCAUCUUUCUAAAUGGAAAUGCACUAGAAAGAGUGUAUCAAUAUAAAUAUCUAGGGCAUAUGUUGACCCCUGACCUCAAAGACGAUACUGACAUCGAGAGGGAACGGAGAGCAGUGUCAGUGAGAGCGAAUAUGCUGGCUCGCAGGUUUGCACGUUGUUCCACCAAUGUAAAGAUAACUUUGUUUAGAGCCUAUUGUACAUCUUUUUACACGUGCAACCUGUGGGUCAAGUACUCCACAAAAUCGUACAGCGCUCUCCGUGUCCAGUAUAACAAUGCCUUCAGGGUGCUGAUGGGGCUGCCCCGGUAUUGCAGCGCAUCAGGGAUGUUUGCGGCGGCGCAAGUUGAUUGUUUUUAUGCGACAAUGCGUAAAAGAUGCGGAUCCCUGGUGCGUAGAUUGCGGAGCAGUUCCAACAGCAUUCUGAAAUUGAUUGCCAGUCGAUUGGACUGUGUAUAUGUAAAUCAUUGCUGCGUCGUUUCUAAUGGAAUGGUGCAGCGAUGACCUACAUACUUAAUAAUUAGGUACUUAGUGUUUUUUAGGUUAAUUUACUAACAUAGAUAUAAGCUUUGUAUUACUAACAAUAUGAGUCUAUG